AUGGCCAUCCCCUCGAUAUACAUCAUUGGAGCCCAAUGCACCGGCAAGACCACUCUGGUCGAGGCUGUCUCCCAACGGAUCCAAAGAGACCGAUCCCAUCUUUCCUUUGCGGUCAUCAAGGAGCUUGCUCGCGGCGUCUUGAUGGCAGCAGACGUGAACAGAGACGACAUCCGAGCCGGGUCCGAGAAGGCCAUGAAUUUCCAGCGACUUGUGCUCCAGACGCAGCUCGACGAGGAACAGAAGCUCCAGGGCCACGAAUUCAUCAUCUCAGAUCGAUCUGGCAUCGACCCUAUCGCUUAUGCCAACCUAUACGGUCCGCCGCAGGUUACAAAAGAAAUGAUCGAGACGUCUGCUUGGGAAGAGCUGAGAAAGAGAAUGGACCAAGCCAUCGUUAUACUCUGUGAGCCAGUUCCACCCUGGCUGUUUGACGAUGGAGUGAGGUUGAUGCCUGAAGACAUGAGCGAGUGGCUCGACCUGCACAAGACCUUCAUCGACCUGUUAUGCCAAAGCGAGAUUGAGUUCGAGUUGUUGCCGGCGACACUCACAUCGAUUGAAAAGAGAACAGCCUUUGUGGUUGAACAGUGGGAGGCUCGGGCGAGGCACAACGCCAGUUUGACGCCGUCAACUCAGCAAAUGUGGGACUCGAGAUCGGCGACGACGACCUUGUAA